UGAUCGAGCUAGACUGAUUGCUACUUGCUAGCUGUCUGAGCCUAGAGGCUAGAGAUGACUUCAGAGCGAGCUUCAGAGCUAAGUAUGGAGCUUCCCUUGCAUGGCCUCCUUGACAUUGAAGACUUGGAUUAUGUUUUGGGGCUUUUGAAGCAAUGUCCCUUUUCCUUUGGCAACUGGAAAGGGUUUGGAUCAGCUUUAGGACUAGACGAAGUGACAUUGACUGACAUUCAGUCCAGGAAUAAUUCAAGUGAUUGUAAUAUGAAAGAAUGUUUGUCAAAAUGGCUUAAGAAAGCAGACUAUGUUAAGCAUAAGGGAGUACCUACUCUAGGAAGACUUUCAGAUGCUUUAGAAGAGAUCGAUGAGAAUUCAGCUGCUGAUUAUAUCAGAAGAAAUGGGAGUUCAUAUGUUGAUGAUUUGCUUGGUGAAAGUUUUGGUCAGAAAAGACCUCCAUUGUACGAGAUGAUUAGGAAUAUUCUUCGAGAAUACCCAAGUGGACAAAUAUUCAAAGAAAUCAUUCAAAAUGCUGAUGAUGCUAGAGCCACGGAAGUCAAAUUCUAUUUGGAUUGUCGUGUCCUACAGACCCUCCCGCCUUCACUUAUAUCAUCUGCUAGUGAUGCUAAGCACCAGCUUCUGUUAAAGGAGUUUAAAGGACCUGCUCUCCUUUCAUAUAACAAUGCUCCUUUCAGAGAAGAAGACUGGAAAAGCAUACAGAGUCUUCAGCAGAGUGGAAAGGCCAAGAAUCCACACAAAGUUGGAAAGUUUGGAAUUGGAUUUAAUUCUGUGUAUCAUAUUACAGACUUACCAGUUAUCCUCAGUCAAAAUUAUUGUGGAUUCCUAGAGCCACAGGAAAGGGUAUGGAAAGGAGAAUCAGGUAAAGGCUUCUUCCUAAAAAGUUUAAAAAAUAAUUGUCAAGAAGCACUGGAACCUUUUGAUGGCAUUUGUGGAUUUUCAAAGCAUAAUCCAAGCUAUCAGGAUAAGACCUUGUUCAGGUUUCCAUUGCGUAACAAAGAAUCUAAUCUUUCCAGUGAUGUGUACACCAUUGAUAAGCUUCACAGCCUGCUUCACACAUUACAGGAAGAAGCCCAGUAUUUAUUAGUUUUCCUAAGAUCAGUUUGUUCAAUUGAAAUAUGUAAAAUCACAGAGAGCAAUGAUACAGUAUCAUUGUUUAAAGUCAGUGUGAGUCAAAAAGAUUUUCAGUCACGAUUAUCUCAACAGCGAAAAUUAUUGAGUGAUGUUGAAUCAACAUUUAUUGGUGAUUCGAAAUAUUGCAUACGUGACAUUAUUAUUGAUGCAUCAUGUUUUAAUGUUGAGAAAGUUGAUGCUAGCGUUGUGAGCAAUUACAAUUGGCUGGUUGUUGAUCAAAUUGGUAGUGAUGAUAAUGAUGUAAUGCAAUUAGCAGAGAAGCAGCAUAUCCUUCCAUGGGUUGGUGCAGCUAUCAAUUUAGAGGAUCCUAUUAGAAAUGGUCGUAUUUUUUGUAUUUUGCCUUUGCCUGUGGAAAAUCAGGCUCCAUUUCAUGUUCAUGUUAAUGGAACUUUUGCUAUUAGCAGUAACCGUCGCUCUCUGAAAUGGGAAGCACAAGAAAGAAAAGGAGAUGAAGAGGGAACAUGGAACAAGUUAUUAGUGGAGAAAUGUCUUCCUUCAUGUUACUUUAGGUUGGUUUCUGAGCUGAUGGAGUUGCUGGUUGAUCCGAGCACAGUAUACAGUUGUUGGCCUGACAUCGAAAGAGUAAAUGGUACCCCAUGGUCUGGCAUAUUGGAUCCAUUUUACCAGUUACUAGUAAGCAAUAGUAAGGCUGUGAAUACUUUUGGAGGGAGAUGGAUUAGUGUUAGACAUGCAGUUCUAAUAAUUGAUAAAGUACCUGCAUCAGUCAAAUAUGCUAUGAUUAAAUGCAAUGCUAACUUAGUUGAAAUCAAUGAUAGUAAUUAUGAAGCAUUAAAGCAGUAUGGCAGUCUCAAGACAUUGCAGCCAUCUGUAGUUAGGUCAUACUUAAAGAGUAAUAUACAUUCGUACUGCAAUGCGCCAAGAAAUGAAAAAUUUGAAAUUUUAAAGUAUAUUUUGCAAGAUAAUGCAUUUCAUGAUAUAAUUGGUCUUCAGUUGCUGCCAUUAGCUGAUAAUUCUUUUCAGGUGUUUCAAAACAAAUCGCGUUAUGUUGAUGAUAUUUUUGUCAGCAGUUCAUCAUGUCCUAGCAGUCUUUUGCCUGGUUUAGAGAGCCAAUUAGUGAGUGUGUACAAUGAAGACAGUACAUUACAUUCACUACUUUGUUCAGUUGUAAAAAGCGGUUGCACACAGCUUGUAUUGUUAGAUACUGAACAAGUUGCUGAUUUGCUAUCAAAAUGCAACACAAGCCAUUGGUCACAUGAUCAAAUGUCAAAAUUUUGGCAAUGGCUUAACAGUGAGCAAUUGACACAUUUUCAAUCAAAACCUAUAGUACCAGUUAAGUGUCAUACUGGUGGCCCUAGUGUCACUGCACUUGCUAAACAAAAUGGAGUUGUAUAUAUAUCUCAAUAUACUGAUGUACCACUGGCACUUUUAUCAGGCUUAGAAAAAUGUGGCAUCAGAUUUGCUCAUGCACAUGAAUUUUCGCACUUAAAACACAAACAACUCUCUCAGUAUUUGUAUCAGUUUGAGAAUGAUCAAGUACUUGAUGCCAUUCAGUUAUCAAAUUUUGAUUGUGUCAGCCUUUCUAGCUCUGAAGCUGUAGCUCUGCAGCAGUUUUUGUCAAGCUUUGAACUUAAUGACAAUAGAGUAGCUACACUUUGUAAGAUCCCACUUUUCAAAGCACUUCAGCAUAAUGAAUCCUCUCGAGUUUCCAUUAAUGCUAUUAGGACUUCAUAUUGCGAUAAUAAAGCUAUAGCAAUGAGUGGUACUUACAGUUUUAGAACAGAUUUACUUACAAGAAUACCACUAAUCAUUGAUGUGACUGAAAAUGUCUUGAGUCUUAUACAACAUUUGACUGCUCAUAUUUAUCUCAUACAAGAAAUUGAGUACCUCCAGAAGAUAGCAUUUCAACAAAUUUGCAACAGGCAGUUUGACAACAGCAGUAUAGUUCCUUUUAUGAUAAGUGUUCUUGACAAUUUCUAUACUCCUCAGUAUAGACAAGCAGCUAAACAACUUACCUCUGCCAUGAGUAGCUUACCUUUUGUUCCAAUCUUAAACUCACCAGCACUUGAAACUCCUCAAGAUCUAUUUGAUCCAGAAAUUGAAAUUUUACGUCAACUUUACAAUGGUGAGAGAAAGUUUCCUGCUUCAAGUUUUCACUGUUAUCUUCCAAUUCUGAGACAGUGUGGUUUGAAGUCAUCUGUCAAUGCUGAUGAAAUUUUCGAAAUUGUAUCAUCUCUUCGAUCAAGAGCAUCUAAUAAUUCAACUAGCUGCAAUGUUGGUGAAAUCAAGUACUUAAGAAUUGUCUCUGUACUGAAAUACUUAUUUGAUAAUCCUCAUCUUUUCUACACAAUUGUAAAAUAUCAUAAUAAUUUGCUUAAUGUUUUGCAUGAUGAAACUAGCCAAUAUUGCUGGCUACCAGUAGCUAGUAAUCCUCCAAGCAAUUAUCCUUCAAAUCUAAUGUGGAAGGGAUCUCAACAUAGCACAAGCUUAGUCUCAAAUGAUUUUAAUCCUUUAGUGGUUCAAACACAAGAGCUUGCUUCUUCAGAUCUACCACUUAUAGCUGGCUCACAAGCUCUAUUUGUUGAAAAUGUUCCCUGUCAACUUGCACAAGGUCUUGGUAGUCAACCCAGCGAUCUGGUAUCUGCUGUCAUAGCUCACUUUCAUGAAAUAAUUUCACUCGAAAAUGAAAUACCAACAGAUAUGUUACAUUUGAUUGCAUUUCAAACGUAUUCGUACUUAUUGCAAAACAUAAGUUAUUGUGAUUCACAAAUGUUUUCGGGGAAAUGGAUAUGGUCAGAAGCACUCUCAGCAUUUAUUGCCUCAACCCAAGUGGCUGUAUCAGCAAAUCCAUCAUUUAGGUCAAAUCUUGCUCCAUUCAUAUUUGUGCUACCUGCAAGCUUGCAAAAGUUUUCUGAACUUUUCAUUCAAUGUGGUGUUCCAGUUAGCAUUACAUCAAAACAGAUUGUAUCAGUUCUUCAUUCAGUAAGGGACCAGGCAUGUGGAAAACUCAGUGCUGAUGAUGCCUGGUUAAUAGUCAAAUCUAUAUUAGAUUGGAUAGUUGAAGACUCCAAUAGAAUGAGUGUAGGUGAUAUUCUAGUGCCAGUAGAUAGUGACUCGAACUAUCCUCAGCUUUUACCUAUAAAUGAAGUAGUUUAUACUGAUAAUGAGAUUUUUUGCGAUAUUGCUAAUGAUUCAGAUCAAGAUUAUAGUUUAAUACAUUGUAAGAUAUCUCAUUUGUCUUCUAAGUUAGGACUAACUCCACUUAGUGAUCAUCUUGGUAUUACUGAGGAUGUCUUUGAUGAUACUGGUCAACAUGAAUCGUUAACAACACGACUCAGAAAUAUAUUAAAAGAUUAUAAAGAUGGUCUCACAAUUAUAAAAGAGAUGAUUCAAAAUGCUGAUGAUGCUGGAGCAACUGAACUCAAUAUAUUAUAUGACAAGCGCACACACUCAAAAGAAAAAUUAAUCAUUAAAGGAAUGGCAGACAGUCAUGGUCCAGCUCUGAUAGUACAUAACAACCGUGCUUUUAGUAAAGAUGACUUUGUGAACAUCACUAAAUUGGCUGGUGCUACAAAAGCUGAUAAACCACUCAAAAUUGGUAAAUUUGGCAUUGGAUUUUGUUCAGUGUAUCACAUCACUGAUGUACCUUCCUUUGUUAGUGGUGAGUGGUUGUAUAUAUUUGAUCCAACACUAAAAUAUCUUAAAGGUGCAGUAUGUAAUGAUAGUAGCCCAGGUAAAAAAAUGGAGUAUCGUUCAAAAUUUUUAGCCCGUUCUGACCAAUUAGCUCCUUAUCAUGGUUUAUUUGGGUUUGAUUCGUCAUUGAAGUACAAUGGUACAAUUUUUAGGUUGCCCUUUAGAACAAAUCCUAGUCAAAUAAGCUCAACACUUUAUAGUGAUGAGCUUGUACAGCAAAUUAAGGAUGAUUUACAAGAUAAUGCAUCUAAAUUAUUACUUUUUCUUCAAAAUGUUAAGUCUAUUACAUUUAGUACAGUACAAGAAAAUGGUGAAUCUUUAUGUGAAAUAUCUAUUAAGUGUAAUGCAAUUGAGAGUUAUGGGAUUGAAAAAAGAGUCAUUACUGUAACUUCCCUCAAAUGUAAGGAAAAAAUAGAACACUGGCUAAUGUCUUCUGUAAAAGAAAAUUUGGAAGGUGAAUUGGCCGUGGCCUCAGUAGCAUGUGAACUCCUUAACACUGAUAAUGUUUAUCAGUGCCAGAGCAUUAAAGGCAAUGUCUUCUGUUUUCUUCCACUUGCUGUCUCUAGUACUGGUCUACCAGUGCAUGUUAGUGCUAACUUUGCUGUUAUGAGCAAUAGGAGUGGUAUAUUGACUUUUGAGUCAGUUAAAGAGUCUUCAUAUUCAAAAAAACAUUGGAACAAACAAUUGAUGACUACUGUUAUACCUAAGACAUACGUCCUUCUUUUGAAGAAAUUAUUUGAAAUGCAUGAUUUAAAUGAGUUAGCAUCAUAUGACUUUUUUGCUUUGUGGCCACUAGCUACGUGCCUAAAAGCAAAAAAUCCAUGGGAGAGUUUAUUACCAGACCUGUUUUAUUUAAUAUCUCAAGAAAAACUCUUCUAUUCUUCUUGUACUGGAGAAUGGUUAACACUUUCUCAAUCUCAAUUUUUUCCUUUGUCAUUGUUUCAAGUAUCUAGGGAAAAUGAUCCGUAUCUUUUUGAUGAAGUUGCUUUUAUGCUAAAGCUGCCUGUUGUAGCUCUACCUAAGCUUCAUUUAGAACAACUACAAAAUAUAAUAAAAAUCAAUACAAUAAUCACUGAAGAAAGUUUUCUGCAAUUGUUUUUAAAUAAUAUUGAGUUGUUUAACAAAGAAAAUUUUAGUAUUCGUAAUAAUAUUCUUUUUAUUAUGCUAUCUGCCUUCGGCACUGGAAAGUAUGAAUGGCUAAAACCUUUACUUGAGAACAUUCAAUGCAUCCCUGUUUCCCCUGAUGGGUUGCAACUCAAACAAGCUCGUCAGCUUGUUGAUCCUUUGUCAUUUUGCAGCAUGUUUGAUCCUGAAAAUGGAAUGUUCCCGCUGAAUAGUUUUUACAAAAAUCAUUUGGUACAUAUAGCAAUAGUAACGCUUGGCUUAAUGGAAAGAGAUAUCUCUUGGGAUGCUAUUAUUUGCAGUGCACAGACCAUCAAAGAUCUUUAUAGUAGGGAAAAAAGCAAAGCACUUCUCAGAGUUAAGGACAUAAUUAAGUAUUUUAAAACAACUAGGUGUCCUGUAGAGCUCAGAGAAAUUCCUUUUUUACCAGUUUUAGAAAAGCCAGAGACAUAUAUACUGCCAUGGAAAGGAGACAGUUGUACAGUUUUGCCCCCAUCAGCAGUUAUAGCAACGACUGGUGAGGAUAAUAUGUGGAAGAUUAGUUUUAUUGUUGGUUCUCAGAAACCUAUUGUUAAUAUUCAAUCCAUAAAUAAAAAUGGAUGUGAUCUGAUACCUUUUCAUAGCUUAGAGUUAUUGAAAAUUUCUACUUUGCCUUCACUUAAUGAUGUACUAAGCCAUUUUCAAUCAUUAAUUGACUUGAUGUCUGAAAAAAAUUCUCAAGAAUUCCUUAAAAUGAAAAAUGUUUUUUCUCAUAUCGAAACAAUUUGUCGAUCAGUAUAUGAAUUCCUUGAAAUUGAGUUAACAAACACAUCACACAUUAUUGCAGGGGAUAUUGACAUGCCACCAACAGCAACUGAAGAAAUAUUACAUUCCUAUCAAGAUAAACCAUUUGUAUGGACAGGUAGUGAGUUUGUUGCACCUAGUAAUGUUGCACAAAAUUGGAAGACAAAUGGCCCUUACCUUUACAGGCUCCCAUCCAUGAUAUCAGAAAGAAAAAGAUUACAAAAAGCACUUGCUAUUUAUAGUGAUUUUGAUAUCAAUAAACUCCUAAAUACAUUAGGUCAAAUGUAUACUCAAUUUAAGCAAGAACCAUUACCAUCAAACUAUCAUGAAUUUAUAAAUACUCUAAUUUUAGAAUUGAAUGAAGCAAAAGGAAAAUUUGAUGAUAGGAUUGACAUAGUUCUUGUUGAUCACAAUUAUAUCUUACGUCCAAGUAAUGAUCUCUAUUAUAAUGAUGUAUCUUGGAUAUCAGCAGUAGAUGAUCACCUUUACCUAAUGCACAAAAACUUAACAACCUCUAAAGCAGAAUCUUUUGGUAUAAAACCUGUGCGUAGCAAUUACUUGGAUCAGUUUGAUAAUACUUUAGCUUUUGCUGGGCAAGAGUUUGGUCAAAAAGAAGUACUAACUGACAGACUUAAAAACAUUCUUCGAGACUAUCCCUUUGGUAUCACUUUUUUAAAAGAACUACUACAAAAUGCUGAUGAUGCAAAGGCUAGUCAAAUGAGAGUAAUUCUAGACAAAAGACAACAUGGAAAGGAAAGAGUACUUUCGGAAAAAUGGGGAAAAGAACUACAAGGACCUGCUCUUCUGGUAUGGAAUGAUAAAGAUUUUAGUGAUAAAGAUUUAGAAGGUAUUCAGAAAUUAGGUCUUGGUUCUAAACAAGAUGAUGAUGAAUCAAUUGGUCAGUUUGGUAUUGGUUUUAAUGUAGUAUAUCAUGUGACUGAUUGCCCUACUUUCAUAACAAGAGGAGACACACUUUGUGUAUUUGAUCCUCUUUGCAAAUAUGUAUCUGGAGCUAAGGCAACUAGACCUGGUAGACAGUACAGUACUAAUGAUAAAUUUUGGAAUGAUAUGUCUGAUUUACACUCAUGCUUUCUACAAGAUGACAUUCUAAAUGAGCUACAUGGUCUAGACAAAGGUGUACUAUUUAGAUUACCACUUCGUACAAAAAAGCAAAUAAUGGAAUCAGAUUUAAUUGAUGAUAAAGUAAAAACUAAACAACUGACUGCUGAUACAAUGGAGUCAUAUUUAAAUGAAUGGGUUGCUAAAAUUAAGCAUUCUCUUCUUUUUCUAAAUAAUGUGGUUAGUUUUGAAUAUUUUAUCAUUGAUGAUUCUAACUCAGUCAGCUGUAAGCAAAGCUUUGCUAUUCAUUUGUCUGAAGACAGUAACCACAAGCGAGUCAGUUUCAAAAAUAAUUUGUCUAAUUUCAGAGACUCUAAGAAACCAGAUCUUGUCAUGUAUUCAUUGAUACUGGAAUCAUUCCAUCAUGAAGCUUCAACAGAAGAAGAGUGGUUAAUACAGCAAGGAGUUGGAGACAUGAAAGAUUCUUCUAGACACUGGAACUAUUUAAAAAAAAUUAUACCAAGACAUGGCAUUGCUGCUACAUUAGAAAGACAUAAUGAUUUUAAGGGACAGGUGUUCUGUUUCCUUCCCCUUCCAGGGUACACAAACCUUCCUGUGCAUAUAAAUGGCCAGUUUAUUCUAAGCAGCGAUAGACAUUCUCUUUGGGUAAGUGAAUCUGAAGAACCAGAUGAUAAAACAAAAUGGAAUAGCAGUCUUUUGCAAUCUAUAUUUUCGUCAUAUGCUCAAUUUUUGGAACAAGUAAAGCCAUAUUUUACUGCAAGUCAAGGUUAUGAAAAUAUUGCAAGUUUUUAUGAUGCUGUAAAUUCAUAUUACAGCUUGUUUCCUUUUUGGGAUCCACCAUUUUAUUUUGACAAGAAAUUAGAAGUUUCAGUUAUUCAACCUCCUAAAAAAUCAGUAAAUGACUGGAAACAAAUUGGGCACAAUGUUUUAAAAUUACUUUGGUUUCAAAAUCCUAAAAUACUGACAUCACUAAGAAAAGAGACUCGUAUGUGCUAUGUUGAUUGGCAUGUCCUGCAUAAUGACAAAGAGCCAUUUAAACAAGCGUACUUUAUAACAUAUAGAUCUAGCAUAAUUCGGGAAAUAUUAUUGAAACUUGGAAUGUUUUUGACAUGUGCACCACAUGUACUUUUUAAGCACUUACAAGCAAUUUUAUUGGAGGAAGAUGAUAGUGAAAAUGAAAAUCCAGCUAUUGUUACUAAUGAAUCAGUUUUUCGGUUUUAUAGAAAUUUUCACUCCCAAAUAAUCUCAAAAUGCCCUUGUUCAAUUCAAGACACUCCAUUUGAGUCAGUCAAAAAUUUUAUUAAGUUUUUUAAUUAUAUGCUGCAAAAGUAUGACAAGGGUGAUGAAAUUGAAUACAAGUUUCCUGACUCUCCAGUCAAUAUUCCACUUCUUUUAACUGCUGAUGAUCAAUUACGAGUAUUUAGUGAUUCACCAAGGACAUUAGUUAGCAAAUUCACUCGACUUUUUCCAAAUAGCCAGUCUCAAUUUUUACAUGAAUCUCUAAUCAGUUUAUGUCCAAAAAUUAGUCCUUCUUAUUUUUUAGCUCCCAAAAAAGUUACUUUCACCUUUGUUGAUGAUUUACUGAAGGAAAACGUUUCUUUAGAGCUUUCAAGUUUUGAAGUUGAUAAUUCAAAUUCAUGUGUUAUUGGCCUUGCUACAUUAUGGUUAGAUGAAAUAAUACUCACACAAGAGGAACUUAUAAGUUUGUGGCAAUGUCUUAGCACUGAUGAUACUUUUAAACUCCAUCAAGCUGAUGUUGUCAGCAAAUGGGCUUUAAUACCUUCAAUAUCAGGCAUAUAUUUCAAUGCAUCAUCACCAAUACGUCCAAUUAUAAAACCACUUGCUAAAGACAUAUCAUCAUGUGAUGUAGAGUUUUGUGACAUGCUGUGCUCAUUUGAUGUUCCAUUUUUUGAUACAGAAAUAGCAUUACCUUCAGAUGUUGAAAAAUACUGCUUUCAACUAACAGAUGCUGACAAAGUUCUCUGUAUGUUGUAUCAUAUUCAUGAACAGAAAAAUAUUUUUAACCUUCUUAAGAGCUCAUUUCCUAAAUUUCAGCUCUUGUUAAAAUAUCUGGGACAAAUAAAUUUUAGAAAUAAUUCAGAAAGUUUAAAUUACAUGAAGUCCUUGCCAGUAUUUGAGUCGAUACAAGGUGAUCUUAUUUGUAUUUCUGGUAAAGAUGUGUAUACUGUAUCUGUAUCACAUGAUUAUGAGGUAUGUCAGGCUGGUUAUAGUAAAUGGGCUACAGAUGCAAAUAUUAUAUUUCUUAACCCAUCAGGAUUAUGGAGUAGUUUUUGUGACAUGAAAGUAUUUGGAAUUGAAAGUGUUGAUAAAGAGAGUGUUUUUAUUCGCUUUAUUUUUCCUAAAUUUAGUAGGUUAAAUUAUCAAGAAAGGUUUGAGCAGUUGAGUCACAUAAAAGACAAUAAUUUUAUUAGUGAAAGGGACAGUAUUAUACAUGUACCUUCCAAGUUUUACUCUGAGUUAUGUAAAUUACCAUGCAUUGAGGGAAAAGAUGGGAAACUUCAACCAGUCUCUUACUUUAAGGACCACACUAUUCCUCUUUUUAAUGCAUUUGAGGAUCAUUUUACAUUUGUUCCCUCAGACUAUCAAAAAGAAACAUGGUUAUGGUUUCUUCACACACUAGGCUUACAAGAUACACUAGAUAAAGAGAGUUUUAAAAAUUGCUGUAAAUCACUUUCUAUCAAAAAUGCUUCAGAAUGGCUAAUGGCCUCUAAUAUGUUAGCUUCUUAUUUGUUCUCUAAGUCAGCAAUAGAAUGGCAUGAAGACUCAAGUUUCUUGGCAGAGAUUAGUAGCAUUAGUUUCAUAAUAGUUGAACCUCUUGACAAUUUUGAAUGGAUUAAGAUGCCACACAAAUCUACAGGAUUAACGUCUCUAAAUGAAGUAGUGUUGCAUAAUUAUGCUGAAUUAGUAUGGACAGUAAAGCCAGUUUUCAAGUUACCUACAGAAUACAUGGAAUCACAGGAAUAUAAACAGCAUUUUAUGGAGGCAUCAAUAUUUCCUGCAGAGAAUGAAUCAUAUUGUGAUAUGACACUAAAAAAACUUGGUGUUACUAUUAAACCUCAAGUAGAGGAUGUUUUUAGAAACUUGGCAUAUGUUUCAGAAACAUAUUUAUCUGACCCCAGUCUUUUUAGCAAAUAUGAUAUUAUUAUUACAUGUGAUCAAUGCUGUUUAUUGCAGUCUGUGAUUGUGAAGAGUUUUCGGUACCUUAUUGAAAACAGUGCAAAUCAAUUUUUAGAACAACUUGUCACUUUACCUUGCAUUCCAGUGUCAGCUAAUAAUUCAAGGAACGAUACUGUAUCUCGGCCAGUUCUUGUAAAGCCAAUACAAGUAGUAAGACAUAUAUCAAGCGAUCAUGACGCUAGGAAUUUUUUCCCUUAUAUUAUUUCAUUACCUUCUUUUAUGGAAGAAUUUGGUAACAACCUGUUUCUUAUUGGUAUAUCUGAGAGCAUCUCACUUAAAGCACUACAACAAUUUUUGGAGCAGUUAAAGGACAGAAAACUGAACACAAAUGAAUCCAUAAAAGUCAGAGAGGCAUUAGUAAAACUUUAUAAACUGUGUAAGGACGAUUCUAGAGAUGAAGAUAUUAUUACCAAAGAGCUUUCACCUUUAUAUUUGCCUAAUGAUGAAGGCUACAUGAAACUAUCAACAGAGCUGUUAUUUAUAGAUUUAAAACGUUAUUUUGAUAGCCAUUUAAAUUUUGCAGGAUCUUCUUACUCUUUGUUUCAGUUGCCUGCAGUGCCUCAAAGCUCUCAAAGUAAAAGCAUAUCUGAAAGAAAAAUAUGCCUUGCAUUACCAGAAGAAGUUAGACCACAGGGUUUAUCCCUUGUAUGUCAGGAAGAGUUACUCCUUAAAUCAGAUCAAACUAGUAAAUUUCCAGAUCUUAUGGAUCAUUUUCAAAAUUUGAAAUCUCUUGUUCCAUCCUUGCAAUUAGUACUUCCAAAGGCAAUAUUAGCUCAUUUAAAAAUUAUUGAUAGCCCUACAGUAGAUGAUACCGAAAUUGAUACAGAAAUUGAUAAAUUUAUUUUGACACUUGCCAAUAAAUUUUUUUCUGAUGUAAAAGUAGUUGUCAUAGAAGACCUUGGUUGUUACAUAAAGUUAUUGGCUGAUGAAAUGCUAAUUGGUACCAUUAAUGUACCAUUCUUAUUUCAAGACUCUACUCUCUAUGUGGACAGUAAUGCUAAACCUGGCAGUAAGCCUUUUUGUAAAGAUAUGGCUUCUAUUAUGUGUGUAGAAAUAGCUCGAAUGCAUCAAGUGAAAUUGACAAAAUAUUUAACAUUCUUACGCCCGAUUACUGAUUGCCUAACAGCACAAACCAAUGAUGACUUAAAUGAUAUUUUAGAGGAAUAUGAUGAUGAUGCAGACAUAAAUUUGAUCUCUGUGAAAAAAUUGGAUAGCAUUGUUCGUGGUAAAGAAAUAUCAAAAGAAAUUGUUCGAGAUUUAGAAAUGGAUAUUAAUCAUUUAUUUCACCCUGAAGAGUGGGUGGGGUUUGAAAUUAGUGAAGGGAAUUUUGUGUAUGCUACUAUAUUGUAUCUAAUCAUGCAAAACGAAGGCAAUGAAGAUAUUAUUUUUCAGAGAUACAAAAUUUGUGUCAGUGAUUUAAGUGAUGAAAAAAUUAGAGAUGUCUCUAUUGUAGACUUGUACAAAUUACCAUCUUUUAACAAAAAAACAUUAAAAUUAAAAUGCAAGGAGCUCAUACUAUCCAACGUAGAAAGUAAAGCAGCUGAAAUUAGUGGACACAUGAAAUUAGAAAAGCUAAAAAAAUUAAUAAGUAAUGAGCUUGAGAGGAUUUGGAUGAUCACAGAUCAGGAUGAUAAAAGAAAAGCAACAAAACGUAUGUAUCUAAAGUAUCAUCCUGACAGAGUUCUUGCUAGUGAAGCUGAUUUAUACGAAAAAGCCUUCCAAUUUUUAAAAGAGCAAAUAGAAGUUAAAGAGUCAGUAUCAAUUGAAAUUGAAGAAGAACAACCAUUGCAUUCCCGUAUGGCCAAAAGUUGCUUCAGUCAAUGGGAUAAAUUUGCACAAGAAACAUUUGGAAGCUCCGAUCACCAUAACCUGAAAACAUCUGAUUCACAUUCUAGUCAAAACUUUGAGUCAUCCACAAGACCUUUUAUUUUGCCACGCACUAAUUCUUCAGAAGCACAUAGGUGGUUAAAACAAGCAGAAACUGAUCUAUUAGCAAUGAGUAUUUUACGCCGGUACUUACCAGACAAAUUUUUGUGCUGUCAAGUUUUAUUUCUAGCUCAUGAAGCAUGUGAAAAAACAUUAAAGGCAGGAAUGUAUAAACUAUUUGGUUUGAAUCCUGACAGCCUUACAAAUCACUACCUUUACUCCCAUGCUAAUGCUAUAGCAUCAUCAAAGAAAUUUGCUGAACUGAGAGAGCUACCCCAGCUAGUACUUUCAAUGGAGAAAUAUUAUCUUGAUUCAAGAUAUCCUAACCGUCACUCUCUUCCCCUUGCACCUGUUGAUGUAUAUUCUUCCACUGAUGCUAUUCGUAUGGCUGAAAAUGCUGAAAGAGUGUAUGAUCUAGUGGUGAUGCUCUUUGAACCAAAACAACGACUAAAUGAAUCAAUGAUAUCAGAACAAAAAAGAAAAACAGAUGUAGCUAUUCAGUGUGAUCUCAUAUCUCAACCAGAUGAAGAGAAGCUGAGAAAAGAGUUACAAGAAAAAAUAGAGUUGCUUGAACAGCAGUUAAAAGUCAAGGAAUGUAAAGACAAAGCAGUUCAGGUUGAUUACCAUAUCCCUCUGACAGAGUGGCACCACAAGAGGAAGAAGCUUGAAAAUACUUGUAUUGCUGGAGAAAAAGAAUUUUUGCUCAAUAGUGAUAACUCUUCAUUUCUAAAAUGGGAAGAGUAUGGGUUAAGCCUCUUCAUACCUAAGGAAGCUGUACCUUCGAGUACUGUCAAAUUAACUGUCACAGCUAUUGUUGGAGGAAAUUUUGUUUUACCAGAAAAUACAGAGUUUGUUAGUGCUGUAUAUGCUAUUUCAGCUUCUCAGCCUCUUUCUGAACCAGUAAUGCUAAAAAUACAGCACUGUGUUUCUAUAGAAACAAGUGAUCAUAUUAAUUCCCUUAGCUUUGCUACUGCUUCUGAUAAUCAACCAUCACCUUACCAGUUUCAACAAAUCGAAGGAGGAAAUUUUUCUAUUGGUGAAAGGUAUGGUUGUAUUUCUGUCACAGAAUUUUCUCUGUGGUCAAUUAUCAUGAAACAUUUGAAGAGACUUGGUCGUACAAGCCAUAAUAGAGGACCUACACAUUCAGAAGAUCCACCAAUUUCUGCAAGUGCUAGGGAAGAGCCAGUUUUACCAUCUCAUUCGAAAAGUACUACAGAAUUUUCUUUGUCUAUGGAAAAUGAUGGAUCAACUGCACAAUUUGCAGCAGUAGAAAAUAAUUUGCCUGAAAAACUUUAUUUUGGUCAAGUAAUGUAUGAGACUCAAAAAGCAGGAAGAGAAUGGUUAAUGAGAUUUUUAUUAUGUAAAGAUCUUAAUGCACUUAUACAGUAUAUUCAUGAUACUUUAAAGAACAUCCGGCUUAAUAGCCAAAUAUCAUUUACUUUUGAUGAACCAAGCAAUGGAUUUAUUGAAUUGUCCUUUGAUGCUUGUGUGGACUUUCCAGGAUGGUCAGUCAGAGAGCAUCAAAGUCCUACAAAAGUCAGUCAAAAAAUUAUUGAUCAAUAUGGCAGCUUAUGCCCUCCUCGUUUUCCUGAAUGUUUAAUUACAAUUACACUUACGCCUGGUUCUGAUACAUUAUCAGAGUUAAAUUAUCCAGUUGAGUUGAAAGGAAUAAAAUCUGAUUUUCAAAAAAUUAAUAUUAUACUAACCAAGGCUGAUCAGUUUUCUGAAACACAUUCCCCUAAAUUUUCAGUAUCAUCAGAUUCUCAAAGCCAGUAUUUCAAAGAUGUACCAGGGGUAUUUAGAAAAUAUUUUGCUGAACUAUCUGAAGCUUUGGUACUGCCAAGCAAUUUGUCAGCUGUUGCAAUGCACUUGUACAGUGAAAAGCUCAUUUCCUUUGAAACUCUUACUGAAUGUUUAUACAGCAGUAAGACAAAUCAUGAGAAAAGUGCUUCUGUAAUGUUUGCAAUUAAAGCUACUAUUGACACGAAACCACAGUCAUUAAAAACUUUAACUGGCAUAUUGAAAAAAUGUGAACUUACUACUUUAGCAACUAAAAUAGAUUUUGAUUGUUCUCAGUGUGUUGAUAUGCAAUAGUGAUUGCUGUUUUUACUUUUGCAGUAGACUCUUAUAUAUUUUUUAAUAAU